CAGCCGCAGCUACACCGAGCACUCUGAGGAUCCUCCGCCACAGCUCUCCUCUCGGGACGGGUCUCUGACGCUCCUUGCGCCCAGUGUGUGUCCGUGUGUGCGCGUGUGUGUGUGUGUGUGCGUGCGUGCGUGAGUGAGUGCGUUCGCUGAUUGGCUCAACCUGCCCACCGCGCGCCACACAGGGAGCCGCGCGCGCACGAGCCAGCAGCGCCGGUUAACGGUGUGCCACUCCGCCGAGGGCGCGCGGACCAGGAGCGCACACCACGGUUCAAGUCACUUUCCAAACAACGCAGAGUCCAUGGCUGCCCCCGUACACAGCAGCUGCAUGUGGAUGUUGGUUGUGGGCGCGUGUGUGUCACUGGUGGCUGGAACCGACUGCAGGAAGGAGUGUGCCCUGUGCGUGUACCGUCUGCUGGGACAACAGGCGGCCUUCUCCUCCCUGACAUGUUCAAUUGAGUGCAACGGUGGGUUGGACAGCCAGAAGCUCCGCCUGUGCCGGGACUUCCUAUUGGAGGAGGAAAACCACAUUCCUGUGGAUGCCGGCCAACAGCAGGAGCAGGAAGCAGCAGGCACCAUGAUGGCUGACACUGAAGAUGCAACAUCACCAGAGCACCAGAUGGCCAAGAAGUACGGCGGCUUCAUGAAGCGCUACGGUGGCUUCAUGUCCCGCCGCUCCUCCUCGCCAGAGGGGGCACUAGAGGAUCCUGGAAACCAGGAUGGGGAAGAAAAUGCUCGCCUGGCGAUCCUGAAGCUCCUUAAUGAUGCGGUAGAGCACGGUGGUGACGGGGAUGGUCAGGAAGGCGAGGCCAUGAAGAGGUACGGAGGCUUCAUGCGUCGUGCAGAAGGAGGGGUGGCGCAAAGCGACCUGCUGGAGGCGGUGUUAGGCCGCGGGCUCAAGAAGCGCUAUGGAGGAUUCAUGAGGCGCGUCGGCAAGCCGGAGUGGCUGGUGGACAGCAGCAAGAGUGGGGGGGUGUCGAAACGGGCUUGGGAGAAUGGCAUUGAGCUCCAGAAGCGGUAUGGGGGGUUCAUGGACUAGGACGCAAGAGUUCUGACCCGUCAGUCCCUCCAUCCCUUUCUCUUCAACCAAUCACCGUGUAGUCUGGACUUGUUGCUGUCUGAAUCAACUGCUAAUCACAUUGCAUCAUCUGGCUUCGUAUAACGUACUGCUGCCUACUCCACUGGAUCAGUUGCUCCUGUAUUGAUGAAAAAGAAAAAUAUGUACACAAAUCAGUUUUUGUCUGUUUUUCGUUUUAUUGAUGAUAUUAUUUAUUAAAAGAAUUUGUUCAUUGA